AUGCCGAAACCGAGAACGAAACGUCAAGCGAUUCGCGACGAGCGAAAGAAGAAGAGGAGGGAGACGCACGAAGAGAACCACCAGGCGAACGAAGAGGAACGAUCAUCGAAGCGCAGGCGAGUCCAGGACGAGGAGCAGGAUGGGGAACAGCAAUCCGGCUUCGACGAUGCAGCGAACGAGCAAGAGCAGUCAUUCCGUGGCAAUGGGCCCGAGGUGGAAUUCUUCGGCAUGCUCGCUGAUGAAGAGCAGGAAUACUUCCGCCGCGCCGACGAGCUGCUCGAAUUGAACCAGUUCCCCUCCUCCGAGGAGCGCGACGUCUUCCUGCAAAACGUGUACAAGGAGGCGAAGGGCAAAGAGCUGAAGUUGGCCAGCAGUCAAUCGCUUUCAAGACUUAUGGAGCGCCUCAUCAUACUUUCCAACACGAGACAGAAGAAGCAGAUCUUCAAUGCUUUUGCUAGCCAUUUCCUGUCCCUCGUCCAGCACCGAUUUGCCAGUCACUGCUGCGAGAAGCUAUUCCUCGAAUCGGCACCCGUUGUGACGCAAGAACUGGGAGGUAUCGUACCGGAACCGAAGGCGGAUGCCGAGAUGGAUACUGAGGAGGAUGGCGAGCCGACGCCGGAGAACACCAUGGAGGAUCUCUUCCUCAUGACCCUCGACGAGUUCGAACAGCACAUGGGAUUCCUCCUGACGGACCGAUUCGGAUCCCACACUUUGCGCGUGCUUCUGGUUGUUUUGUCCGGAAGACCACUGGACGACGCAGCUACCAAGUCGAUGCUGAAGAGCAAGAAGAAGGAGUACAUUUCCGUUCAGGGCGCCACAGCAACCGCGGAUGAACUAACCCACCAGCUGAGGGCCGUCCCCGAGUCCUUCACCCUGGCCACCAAGAAGAUCAUCCAGGACGCCGUUUCCGGCAUGGACUUCACCGCUCUGCGCGUGCUCGCCAAGCACCCCACGGGCAACCCGCUCCUCCAGCUCCUGCUCGAGCUCGACAUCUCCCUCAACCACAAGAGCGACAAGGAAUCCGCAGCAUCAACAAAGGAUACCCUGCUGUACAGGCUGUUGCCUGACGCACCCCAAUCUCUCAGCGACGAGUCAUCGCAGGCGGCCGAGUUCAUCAACAGCAUGGUGUACGACCAAAUCGGAUCUCGCCUUCUCGAGACGCUCCUCACAAACUGCCCCGGCAAGAUCUUCAAGGCGCUCUCUCGCAACUUCUUCGGCGAGCGCAUCGCAACCUACGUCCGCAACGACAUUGCCUCGUAUCCCGCCCUACACGAUCUUGUCGAAGCCGUCAAGAAGAUCAUCCCCGCCGCUCGGUACAACGUGCUCAAGACCCUCUUUGAGCGCUGCGAGGCCCGUGGCGCGUACGAGGAGAAGAGCGCCCUCACCAGGGCUCUCACCGACGCGCUCGGCUCCGACCCGAAGAACGUCGUGCCGAAGUUGUGCCACCUGGUCGAGGAAGAGCCCGCCGACGACAAGAAGUUCCAGCAGGAUGCUCCGCUGAACAAGACUGCUCUCGUAUCGGCCAUGCUCAAGACCUCUGGCAACCCCACCAAGGUCGCCCAGAAGUCUCUCCUCGCCACGCCCCCGGACCUCCUCGUCAAGCUCGCAACCACAUCAAUGGCAUCAAUGACCGUCCUGACGACAGCUCUCGCAAGCCCCGCAGCCCCUCAAAACGAGUUCUUCCACAAGGCCCUCGUCGGCACGCUCGCCACGCACGCAGCAGAGCUCGCCCAGUCGCAGUUCGGCCACAACGUGCCCUCCCGCGGGGACCGGUCCAUCCCGUUCCACGUCAAGCAGACCAUCAUCGGCGCGCUGGCGGAGCACGAGAGGGCCCUGCGCGAUUCGUGGAUGGGCCGCAGUGUCUGGCGCACGCGGUCCGACUGGGUCAAGUGGGCCAAGGAGGUGGACGGGCCGGCCGAGGAGACGAAGCUGAAGCCGUGGGAGAGAAGGAAGUUGGAUCAGCAAAGGGGGCUCCAGCCGAGACCUGCGGCCCCGGUGAGGGAGCAGGUUCAGGCGGAGGAGCAGCAGGAGGAGUGA